AUGAGAAAAAGAGCAAUCUACGCUCCGUCGGAAGGGCGUUACGAUUUGAUGGUGUCGAACGUAUCUUACGAGCGGGAUAAUGGUAGAUUCGAAUGCCGGAUUAAGGCAGGUGGUUCUGGAAGGACGUUGCACUCCCAGGGUCACGAGUUGGUCGUGCUCACUCAACCGCAGCCGCCGCUACUCAGCCCGGGCACGCACGCGCAGGCGCAGGAGGGCCGAGAGCUCAAUCUGACUUGUUCCUCGACAGGUGGAUCGCCUAGCCCCGAUAUUAAGUGGUAUCGAGAUGGUUCAACAUAUCCAAUGGAGGCGAGUGUUGUCAACGGUAGGACCAGGUCGCAGGCGUCGGUAUCCACGCUCACACUGGCGCCCAAUCGCGAAGACGAUGGAGCCACCUUCCGCUGCGUGGUGUGGAACCGGGCCAUGCCUGAAGGACAAAAGAUGGAUGCCACCGUCGACUUGAGUGUCAACUUUUGGGGAAUGGAUUAG